AUGGAAUUCGAGCGACCACCAAACUUCAAAGUGCCGUUGUCGAAAACAAUGGAGAUGGUGACAGUCAAAGAAGAUCUCCUACAUAGAAACCCAAAGGCAUUUCUGGACUAUGAGUUGUUCAAGCUGCGUGUUUUAACCAAUGUAGAUGUCGAUCAUACGGAAGUGUUAUAUAGCGUGGCUGAUGGAAAGAAUGUGCUAGCGACUUUCGAAAAACUCAAGAGAGAAGUGCAAGAUCUCCAGUUUGCUGAUGCUUGUGGGCCGAAACUGAAACUGACUCCUGUAGCUUCCUAUUUCGAUUGUGUUGGUAGUAUGAAGUUUUCGGAAAUCAAGUUUAUCACAAAAAAAGAAAAUUUCAAACCAGUGGAAAUUCAUUUGUCGCUCCAGGAUCAGCCGAAAUCUGUUCUUUCCUCGAAAGCUUCAACUGGUAAAGCCAUAAGAUUGAAGAUUGCGAAAAAGGUUCCAUCAUGUACAAGACUGAAGGAUUCAUUCAGUCAAUUCAUGAACGGUGGUGGUUUGUUGAUCGACUUUAUCACGCUUUCUCUGUGGCCGGCACUUGUCAUAGCUGAAGAACAAGAAAGAGAAGAAUUAAACGUCAGAAAAGACGCUGAGAAAAAACAAAAACUUUGUGAUACAUCCCGUCCUGAUGGUUCACGAUUAUGUUCUGGAAGAGAUCGUACCCCAACAUUCAGCAAAGAUGGACUUCAUCGUGAUUCCAACCAAGGAUAUAGAGUCCAUUCAAUGAAAAUUGAUGAAGGAAGUUUCAAUGCCAAAGGGUCACGAAUUCCACACCGACACGAAGCCACAGUUCCGCGCGAACCAAGAUCGUUUCCUCGAAACCACGGACAUUUCAAUACAGUACCACCUUAUCAAGGUCACAUGGGUGGUAUUUAUGGAGGAAACUUCUCUGGAUCCCGACACCAUGAUAAUUUACCGAUUCCCCCUUUGAUUGAAAUAUCUUCACAACCAUCCUAUUAUGGUACCGAAUACUCUGAAUUCCCACAACCGCACUCGCAGUCACAACCGACGUAUUAUGAAGACAACAAAUCGUAUAUAGAAAGAGAAAGAGGCGGUGGACGGUAUGGCCCUGAACGUGAAGUUCAUAGAGGAAGUGAUGAUAAGGACUGGCGCAAAGACCUGAACCUUCCCACCAUCCCUUCGAAUAAUUGA